AUGGAGUCCGCAGAAGCUUUGGCCGCCAAUCAGAAGAGCCGCAGGAACGUCACCAUCGAGUUGACCAACCUGACCAGUGGCCUUUUGCUGAAACACCCCAAGGUGUACCUGGACAGUGGCGACGUCCACAGCCCGCCACAGCCCACCGUGCAUUCCAUGCGCACCGAAGUGUGCAACUUCACCAAGAGGGACGGUGCCACAUCGGGCGCGGUGGGCGUGAUGACCUACGACAUCUACGAUCACGGCACGGCAGCGGCCAAGCUGGCCAUCAUGUUCUCCGUACCCUACGACUACAACAUCUACAAGAACUGGGUAGCGGUGGGCAUCGUCGAAAAGGAGCGCGAAACCAACAAGAAGCUCUACGAAGAGAUGUACAACUGCAAGGAUAUGAAGAACUUUGUACGCCAGCAGUGUAACGGCUCCUGCUUGACCUACGAGCACGGCAGGAUGGACGUCAAGGUUACCAUGUCGCCAAUGGGCAGGGCCAUCAUGAAGGUGGAAGUGUGGGAUAAGCACUUCCAUUAA